AUGGCAUCAGUUGAAUCAAAAGUACAAGAAUCAAAGAAACUUUAUGAUGAAUUAAACUUAAUUUUUAUUAAUAAUCCUGAAAUUAAUGAGAUUGGAUUUGUAAUGUCAUCAAAAGAUUAUGAUGGAUUAGAGAAUAAACCAUUUGUAUUAGUUGAAAAUAAAUUAGGUAUUUCAUUUCAAUGGAUGAUAAAAUUAUAUUCAUAUGCAUUAACAUACUUUACAGAAUUAAAAUCAGCAUUUGAAAAGAAAAUGAAUGAUUUACCAGAAAGACAUCAACAAUUAUUAGUUAAUGAAUUAUUACAAGCAACUAGAAAUGUAUUAUUAAUUAAUGCUGAAAAUUUAACUGCUUUAAAUUUAAGGAAAGAAUUAAUAAAUUUAAAAUAUAUUAAACAUAAAGAUGAAAUUUCAUUAUUAAAUUUAAUAUUUACAAAACAUCCAAAAAGUGGUGAGGGAUGGGCACAUAGAAAAUGGGUUAUAACAGAUUAUUUUAAAAAAACAGGUGAUUAUCUUGAUUAUGAAAUUGAAUUAGCAGUUUGUAAAAGAGUUGCUGAAAUUUAUCCUAAAAAUUAUUAUUCUUGGACUCAUAGAUGGUGGAUUUUACAACAUUUAUCAGUUGAUAUUAUUUUAAAAGAUUUAGAAACUAUGGAAGAUUGGGUUAAAAGAAAUAUUUCAGAUUAUUGUGGAUAUCAUCAUAGAUAUUUAAUAUUGACACAUUUAUUUAAUAAAUGUUAUAAUAGUAAUGAUGAUAAUAAUAAUAAUGAAAGUAAAAGUGAAGAGAAUUCAAACGAAAUGAAAAUUCAUAAGUUAUGGGAAGACGAAUUUAAUUUUAUUCAUAAAAUAAUUAAUUUAUAUCCAGGUCAUGAAUCAUCUUGGUCAUAUAAGAGAGUUUUAACAUUAUUUUGGUUACAAAUUGCACAACCAAUAGUUUUUCAACGUAACAUUUCAACAACUGUACCAAUUACAUCAUUACAACAAGAAUCUCAAUUUGUUGAUUCAAUUUUAGAAGAUAUCGACUCAUCAUAUUAUGAACAACAAAAAUCUUUUGCUCAAAGAUAUUUACUUUCAAUUUAUGAAUUAAAAUUUAAAGAUAGUGCAGAUUUUUCAAUUGAUAUUGAUCAAGUAAAAAAUAAUUAUAGUAUAAUUAUAAAUGACUUAAAAAUUUCUUUCCCAAACCAAUUAAAGGUUUGGGAAUAUAAAUUAAACCAAUUCGUUGGUCAAUAA